UUCCGCUCUCGCCAACCCGCUCGGCGGCGGGGCUUCCGGUCGGGUGGGUCCGCCAGCUCUCUCGCCCUUUGCCGGGUCCCGACACCGGUUCCGUUGCAAACAUUUUUAAAGGGCUGGUUAUUCUUCGUGAAAUGAGUUUGGUGAUUAGAAAUCUGCAGCGAGUCAUCCCCAUCAGGAGAGCGCCACUUCGCAGUAAGAUCGAGAUUGUAAGGAGGAUUUUAGGAGUGCAGAAAUUUGACGUGGGGAUCAUCUGUGUUGACAACAAGAAUAUUCAGCACAUUAAUAGAAUCUACAGAGAUAGAAAUGUCCCAACCGAUGUGCUUUCUUUUCCAUUUCAUGAGCAUCUGAAAGCAGGUGAAUUUCCCCAGCCUGAUUUUGCAGAUGACUACAAUUUGGGAGACAUUUUCCUAGGAGUGGAGUAUAUCUUCCAUCAGUGUAAAGAAAAUGAAGAUUACAAUGACGUCCUGACGGUGACGGCCACCCACGGACUCUGUCACUUGCUGGGCUUCACACACAGCUCGGAGGCAGAGUGGCAGCAGGUAAGGGGCCCAUCCAUCCCGCUACCGAAGGGGUGCGUGGGGGAAGGAGGCUCCCCCAGGCCCCUGCCAGCCCCCACCCUCCAUCCUGACUGCCCCCACAGGAACUGGACCUCAGACCUGCCCUUGUAAAAAUGACACAGAUGUUUGCUUUCAACAUCCGGCUCCCCAGAUACUUACAGCUGAAUGUGUUCACUAAGGAAAGCGGUCUGAGUGCAGAGGCCGAGAGCCACAGCUGACACUAGCAAGUGGCGCUUGGUCAGAAAGGUCCAAUCAGCUAGAGACUAGGCCAGACCCAGGGCGGAGGCGGGAGCUCUGCCUGAAGUGAGUUCCGGGUUGGUUUCCUCCAGACCCACCCGCUCCCUCUGUGGAGGCCCACGUGAGCAGUGGUCCACGUAGUUAACACGCACACAAUCCUGUGUUGGCGAGCACACUGCUUCUCUGAGUCAUGAAAAACCUUUUUCAUUAAAGAAAUAAAAAGUUUGGCCGGGCGCAGUGGCUCACGCCUGUAAUCCCAGCACUUUGGGAGGCCGAGGUGGGCGGAUCAACUGAGGUUGGGAGUUCGCCACCAGCCUGACCAACAUGGAGAAACCCUGUCUCUACUAAAAAUACAAAAUUAGCUGGGCCUGGUGGUGCAUGCCCUGUAAUCCCAGUUACUCAGCAGGCUGAGGCAGGAGAAUCGCUUGAACCCAGGAGGCGGAGGUUGUGGUUAGCCGAGAGAUCGCGUCAUUGCACUCCAGCCUGGGCAACAAGAGUGAAAGUCCGUCUCAAAAAGAAAAAAAGUUGGCCAGGCGCAGUGGCUCACGCCUGUAAUCCCAGCACUUUGGGAGGCCGAGGACGGUGGAUCACUUGAGGUCAGGAGUUCAAGAUCAGUCUGGCCAACAUGGUGAAACCCCGUCUCUACUAAAAAUACAAAAAUUAGCCGGGCGUGGUGGUGGGAGCCUGUAAUCCCAGCUACAAGGGAGGCUGAGGCAGGAGAAUGGCUUGAACCCAGGAGGCGGAGGUUGCAGUGAGCCCUCCUCCCCUCCCCCUCCCGUGCCCCCCUCCCCCCUCCCGUGCCCCCCUCCCUUUCUCCCCUUCCCCUGCCGAGGCCCCCUUAUUCUCCCAGCCUGUGGCGGUUCCUGCACUCGCUGAGCUCAGGUUCUGGUGAAGGUGCCAGGAGCCGGAUCCCGCCCUUUGGCCUGAGCUAGAGCCGCGCGGGCGGCCGGGUUCCCCCAAACCCUGUGGGAGGGGCGUCCCGAGGAGGCGACCCCUGAGAGUGGGGCGCGGACCCCUUCCCUGGGGAGGACCAGCGCGCUUCCUUCCUUCCAGAUGUUCCAGAAGGAGAAGGCGGUGCUGGACGAGCUGGGCCGACGCACGGGGACCUGGCUGCAGCCCCUGACCUGGGGCCUCUUCGGAGGGAGCUGAGGGCCGCGUUCCUUCUGAAAGCGGGACCGGGGAGGGGUGGAGGCUGCGGGGAGCGGGGGUUGCACACAAAUAAAUAACGAAUGAAUGUACGA